AUGCCCUCGCCUACGCUUCUCGUACAGACCUCGGCUGGUCCAAUCCAGGGCUUUGAGGACACGCACCCGUUACGCAAUACAAGCAGUGCAGCUCUGCAAAGUGGUACAGAAGCACCAAUCUAUAAAUGGCUUGUAAGUACGCAGAUACAGCUGCAAAUGUGGCCGAACACAACUGCUGUGGCUACUCGCCAGAGCCGGUCCGGUUGCUUAUGAUUGCCGAGGCUUCGGCGCAUCCCCACUUGAUCGGAACCCGCUGACACGAUUCCCCAAUCCGCCGGCCCGUGUUUCAGGGCAUCCCUUAUGCGAAAGCUGGUCGGUUCGAGCGACCUACUUCACCGGAUCCUUGGACCCAGCCUAUCGAGUGCUUCGAGUUCCGCACCAAGUUUCCCCAGCAGCCUGAUGGGAUCACGGAACCGUUCUACCAGGCCCGCCUGGGUGACUAUCGUCGCGACUUCGUGGCACAGUCCGAGGCAUCGCACACGAUCGAUGUAUAUACGCCCGAAGGAACCAAGGCAGGCGAUGCUCUCCCUUGCCUGGUCUGGAUUCACGGAGGGGCCCUCAUCACCGGCUCGACCUCGCGAGUCAACUACGAUCCGUCGCACUGGAUUCGUGAUCAGGCCAAGCUCGGUCGAAAGUUCGUCUUUGCCGCGGUCAAUUACCGGCUCAACGUAUUUGGCUUCUUGAGUUCCAAGGACCUACAAGAAGUUGACAAGGAUGGGCUGAGUGGAAACUAUGGCGUCUACGACUGUGUCAAGGGCCUCGAAUGGGUGCAAGAAAAUAUCGGUGCUUUUGGUGGCGACAAGGACAACGUCACGUGCUUUGGAGAGUCGGCAGGAAGUAUAAUGGUUUCCACUCUGCUAUGCUCUGGUCGCCGGUUGUUCCAAAAAGCGAUCAUACAAUCCGGUGCGGCCCCGACUCUUCCAACUCGUCCCGUCGAUACAGCGUCCCCUACAUACGCCGCCAUCUUGGCCGCCAUUGGCGCUGACAAACUGCCUACGGCGGCCGAAAGGGUGGAGGCGUUAAAGAAGGCGCCAAUGGAGCAAAUUCUGGCUGCGCACACGGCGUCCCAGACGUUCGCCGGACACAGCUUUUCGAUCGAGGAAGGUCCGAACGCCACGUGGGAUCGCAAAGUCGUAGACAAACUCAGGGACGGGCAGUGGGACCCUUGGGUCGAGCGAGUCAUUCUGGGAACGAUGGAGGACGAAGGGACCAUGUUCACGGCUGGCAUGAAGGUGAGCAAUCCCACACACCAUCGACUAUCUUCUCACUAAAGCUGAAUCUGCGUGCGGCCCGCUUCGACCCGAAAAGAUGAACACACCCGCCGCGUUCGAUGCAUAUGUCGCGAAUCGCCUGCCGAGAUACAAAGCGCAGAUCAACAAAAAGUAUCUCAAGGGUGCGCCUCACCCGGAAGAAGUGUCCUUCGUCGAGGCGCCUGCCUCCCGCCUCCUACACGAUCAGUUAUUCGCCCAACCGACCUACGACCAGGCUAAGGCGAUGGCGAGUCAGCCCAACGCCAAAAGUGGCAAGCCCUGCACCGUCUACUUCUACCGCUGCCGCGCAGAGAUCGACAGCGUUACUCGUGGACCCUUCAAACUCGGAUCCAUGUAGGUCUCGACUCUUAUCGUGGCCUGACGAUCGGAGGUUGAUAGUGUCUCUUUACCCUCUGCGUAGGCACACGAUCGAUUGCCCGUUCAUCUUCAACAUCAAGCCCUGCUGGGACGAAGGGUCCCACGAGGAGGCUUCGGCCGCUGUUUUUGGCGAGAACUGGAGUCGGUUUGCCAUUGAUGGCAAGCCCGUUGAGGCCUGGCAACCCUUCGACUCGAAGAAGCCGAGCUGGUUCGUCUUUGAAGAUGGAGGAAAGACCAAGACCGAGAGCCUCGAAGGCUUCACGGACGAUUUCAUCGAUUUCGAUGCCCCAGUCGAUCUUACAGUCCAGGUGAGUACUUAGAGGGUUACACCCACAACCACUCCCACACCACAAUCACUCCCCCUGACGGUCUUCUUUGGCGGACUUCUCAGGCUGAAUAG